UGUAAAGUUGAGUGCAUCCCGCAAUAUAUCUGAUUUUGGAUGUCAGCAACUUUGGACGCCAUGGACACAGAAGACUGUUUGUAUGAUGACUGCAAGGUGACCAGAAGCUUUGAACAAAAGAUUUUUGUCAACAGAAGCCUGACACUGGAAAACAUCAAAUGCUAUGGCUUUGACAUGGACUACACGCUCGCCAUGUACAUCUCUCCUGACUAUGAGAGUCUGGGCUUUGAGCUUAUAAGGGACAGAAUGGUGUCUGUCGGCUACCCUCAUGAGAUUCUGCGGUACAAGUACGACCCAAGCUUCCCCACAAGGGGGUUAGUGAUUGACACCACGUACGGGAAUCUCCUGAAGGUGGAUUCAAACGGAAAUAUUCUUGUGUGCAGUCACGGCUUCUGCUUCCUCAAAGGCGAGGAGAUCCACAGCUAUUACCCCAACAGGUUCAUUCAGAGGGAUGACACGGACCGUUUCUACAAUCUCAACACCCUCUUCAACCUGUCAGAGACAUAUCUCUAUUCUUGCCUUGUGGACUUCUUCAAUGAAUGUAACAGAUACAGAAAUGUGCUAAAAGGUUACCGCCACGGCGACCUGUUCAUGUCGUACAGAAGCAUGUUCCAAGAUGUCCGAGAUGCCAUGGACUUCAUCCACGACACAGGCGUCCUCAAGGAGCAGACCAUCAAGAACCUCGAUAAAUACGUCAUCAAAGAUCCCAACAUUAUUGUCCUUUUGACUCGAAUAAAAGAGGUAGCCAAGGUCUUUCUGGCCACCAACAGCGACUACACCUACACCGAGGCCAUCAUGAAAUACCUGCUAGAAAGUGGCGUGAAGUCAGGGGGUCCCAAAAAGCCAUGGCGCUCUUUCUUUGACCUCAUCGUGGUGGACACGAGGAAGCCGCUGUUCUUUGCGGAGGGGACGGUGCUGAGACAGGUGGACACGGACACAGGGAAACUCCUUAUUGGGACGUACACCGGCGCCCUCCAGCAUGGAACUGUGUAUUCUGGAGGCUCGUCAGACAUUGUGUCCGACCUACUGGACGUGAGAGGCAAGGACAUCCUCUACGUUGGAGAUCACAUCUUUGGCGACAUCCUCAAGUCGAAGAAACGUCAAGGCUGGAAGACCUUCCUGGUGGUGCCCGAGCUCACCAAGGAGUUGAAAUUGUGGGAGGAGAAGAAGAAUUUGUUUGAGGAGCUGAAAAGUCUGGAUGUCUUCUUAGCAGAGUUGUACAAGCACCUGGACAGUGGCAGUAGGGGCGCUCCUGAUAUCCCCACCAUUCACUCCAGAAUAAAGAUGCUAACCGUCAGGAUGGACAUGUCUCACGGCCAGAUGGGAAGUCUCGUGCGUAGCGGCUCCAGACAGACGCUGUUUGCCAGCCAGCUGAUGCGCUACGCUGACCUCUACUCAUCCAGCUGCCUCAACCUGCUAAACUACCCCUGGAACUACCUCUUCAUGGCUCCUCCAGUGCUGAUGCCCCACGAGGCCUCGGCGCUCAACUCUUUGGACUUUCCUCCCAAGAAGAUCACCAACUGCGACCAGGCGCGAAGCAUUGAAGACAAGCUUCCCGCAUGAGAAAGACAUAUGAAGAUGUCUCUGAAGUGUCUCUGCAUGCUGGAUGGAUGGGGAAAAGGACAUGUGCAUUAGGAGUGUUAGUUUGUGGCAGCCAUGAUGGGACAUAACGUCUUGUUGCCUGCAAUAUGAACCUUUUGCUCCCCCUGCUGGAUGGGAGUUGCUAUGACCCCCUGACUCAAAUAUGAAAUCCAAUGGAAAGCAUGUACAGUAUCUCCUAAUUUUGUGUUUAUUAUUAUUAUUUAUUACUGUUACUCAAAAAAAUUCAAAUAAAAAGAACAAAUGCAUGCUUUUUACUGGACAUAAUUCACUAACUACAUCGAUGAACUCAUGUGUG